GAGGUGGCCGAGUGGUGAAGGCGAUGGACUGCUAAUCCAUUGCGCUCUGCGCGCGUGGGUUCGAAUCCCACCCUCGUCGGAGCUUUUGCGGGGGGCGCGGGGCUGGUGGCUGCGCUGGUCGCAGCUCCCGCCUAGCAAAGAGGAGAGCCCGCACUCGUGAGCCCUAGGGAGUUUUUCCUCCCCGUCCCCGAGAGGAGCACCUGGUUCCCAUACACCGCCGGCUCCCCUCUCACCCCAGCUUUCUCCUUCCUUUCUGGGCGGCUUUUCAAGGAGCCCCGUGCCCAGCAAUGUUUAAAAAAGCUUGGAAACGUUUAAAAAAGCCCGGAAAUGUUUAAAAGAGCUGUUACUGCAGAAAGUGGCUACUAAGGAGUAAAACGAUCCCCUGCAGAAAGAGGAAGGUGCCACCCAGCAAGCAAACUGGGAGCAGUGAAGUGUGAAACCUGAAUGCAACAGGCACCGUGGGAUGUGGGGGCAGGGAAGAGGGUAGAGCCGCCGCAGGGAGUGAUGGAAGACGACACGGCGCUGAACGGGGUUCGGCUGCACUGCUCCCGUGGGGGGAACGCCGACAGCAGCUACACAGCCGAGUCCCAGAGCGGCAGGUGGGGCAGCUGGACGGAGGUCCUCUGGUGCCCCCACCAAGGGCACCUGGUGGGCUUUGCGCUGCGGGUCCAGGUGCCCCAGCAUGGGUUCCUGCACGAUGAAGUGGCUGCCACUAACGCACGCUUUGCAUGCUCUGACGGGCAGGUGCUGCAGGGGCCGGGGUCUGUCUGGGGCCAGUGGGGUGGCUGGAGCCAUCAGUGCCCUAAGGCAGUGUGUGGCAUCCAGACACGGCAGGAGCCUGCGUGGGGGCUGAAGAGGGAUGACACGGCCCUGAAUGAUCUGCGCCUCUUCUGCUGCCAGUGAAGGGUGCUGGAAACCUCUGGGGGGCCCCGAGUCCAGCAGGUGAUGCCUUUGCCCUGAUACCCUCUCCUUCAUCCUCAUGGAGUCCUUCCUUGCUCACACGCUCCUGGUGCCCCAACACCUACCCCCCUCCCCAGAGACGAACCCCAGCUCCCAAGUCCUUCCUGCCCCCACCCAGACUUCCAGAUAUUGCCUGGUAUCUCCAUGACGGUCUCUGUCUCGUCCUUCCUUGAAAUGAGCUUUGGAGUAAAAACAUGCACCCUGAAUUUGCCAAGACAUCUUGCUCAUUGGGAAGGGGCAAAUGGGGGUGUGGUGAGGCA